CACUGGCUUGCCAACGGCAACUUGCUGUAUUUCUUUUCUUUCCAUGUAUUUUUCUUGUCGGUAGAUAUAAUUAUUCUUCUUUGAAGAAAGUUUCGUUGAGUUAAAAAGUUGACACUUCCGCAUUUUAUUUCUGAUUGGAACUAAAAACAAAUACCGUCAAAAUGAGCCAAUCUAGCGCAGGAACAAAAGAUAUAGGAGACAGAACUUUAUCAUCAACAAAUCCUCCUAUAGAAAUAGUUCCUGUUGAGGGCAAUACGCCCAUGUUUCAAUCAUUUGAGAGCCAGUCCAAGUUUAUACAGGACCGGAUAUCAGCGGUAGAGAAAAACUUUGGGCAGAUGUGUGAUACUUUCUCCUCGUACAUCAGGAAGACCGCAAGAUUACGGGAUAAAGGUGACCAAGUGUCCAAGGAUAUGAUGGCCUAUGUGGAGGGGGAGACAUUAAACCCAUCAGCGAAGAAGCAGUAUACAGAAUUCUCCCAGAACCUUGCGGCCAUACAGGACUAUAGAAACGCACAGGUGACCAGACUAGAGACCAAAGUGCAGCAUCCACUAAGUAAUUAUGGACUAAAGUGCAAACAUACAAAAGCAGAUUUAAAAGCGGCAUUUGCUGCAAGAGAUAAAGAAACAAAAAUACGCAAAAAGUUGGAUGUUGCGCGGACGAAAGGAGAUUCUCGUCAGAUUGCAACGCUGGAGACAGACCUGCAGCGAGCGAGCGUUGACGCCUCCCGAACAACCAAGAACCUAGAACAGCAGGCAGACAAGUUUGAGCUGGAAAAACUUCAGGAUGCAAAGAAAGUGAUGACAGACUUUGUGAUGAUUGAGAUGGGGUUCCAUGCGAAGGCCCUCGAAGUCUACUCACAGUGUUACCAGAAUCUCAAUGAUGUCAGUGUUGACGCAGAUAUCAAGGCAUUCCGCUCCAAGAUGCGGCCAUCUAAUAGUUCCACACGUAUGACGAUGGCACGUUCUGGGUCAACAUCAUCCACAGGGACUUACGAUGACACUCCACGGGCUGACCUACAGCCUGGAGUCCCAACAGCAGGAAACCAGCCCGCCCGCAGACUGCCUGCCAGACCUGUACAAAAUGGGAACAUGCUUGAUGAUGAUGAUGAGGAGGAGGAGGAGGAGUCUGAAGAAGAUGAUGAAGAAAGUGAAGAGGAGGAGACAGAUGAUGAAACUGAAGUGGAAACAGAGAGAACGGAGAGGGAUGGGAAUGUACAGCCCGUACGACCAGCACAGCGCAGAUAGUGGG